GAACAAUAUUGAAAAUAUUUUGUUAUACUACACCUUGCAUUGUAAACAAAGACGGACGAUUCAACUUGUUUGACAAAAUACCUAAGAAAUGGCAUUGCCAAAAGUCUCAAUCGUAUUCCUACAGGUAAACCUAAAUUCAGAAUAGUAACGUAACAAUUUAUACAGAACAAUCCUAUCGAUAAUAACAACUGCGAUAAUUAUAUACGAUUUGUAAAGAUAAAUAACACUACUUCAGAGUGUUAUUUAUUUCCAAUUUCCAGCUAUAAUUAAAGCCAUAUACAGAUUAUUUUAUAGUAAUACUGCAAUACUUUGAACGAUACUAUAAAUGUUUUAAUAAAUCCUGUUGUUUUAGGUUGUCAUUGUAAUUCAUUUUGCUCUUACAGUUUGGUAAGUUCGUCAAUAUUUUUAUCAAGAUCUCCGAUAAGUCAGUAUGGAUGAAUGGAUGACCAUGAUUGGAUUUGGAUCAAGCGGCGCAAUGUUUGAGUGUUGUUUCACUCAGUAGAUUAGAGUAUAUUUAUAAAAACAUAUGUGAUAUAUUUUUCAAACAAAAUUUUCUUCACUAACUGGUAAUUUUGUUCAGUUACUAUUCUCCAAGAACUUGCGCUUGAAAUUUAUUGAAAUAAAACUGCUGAACAAUUUUGCAUACACUCAAGUUACCAUAGAAAAUUUAUUGAAUGAGAAUGACAGCUGUAGGCUUGAGACUUGAAGUAAUCUAAAACUUUUCAGUAGCACUUCAGUGAUAUUGAGAAAAUCGGGCUCUAUUAAACGUCAUUGUGGUCAAAAUGUCAUUAAAAAUAAUUUACUAAACUAAAAGCACGCUAAACGUAGCCUGAAUAUCAGACGGCCACUACUCGUUGAGAAUUUAAUUAGGCUAUACGCUAAAACGAGUUGUAGUAAAAUUUUCGCUUGCGUGCAAGGUACUGAUUGCCUGUGGGUGAAUGUGGGUGUAUAUUGACGCCUAGUAAUUUCAACUUACUGUAAAUUUCAAAUAGUUCUUUUAUUUUUUUAAGGGCAAACCAAUGCAUUUGGUUACCAGUAUCAUAUCAGUUUUGCAAUUUCCUUGUAUUGGCUGUAGGUGUUGGUGCUGUGGUGGCACCAUCUAAUCACGCCAUUUCAGAAUUGGUGAGCCACCUUAAUGUGGAGUAAACGAGGGCCCCAAUAUGGCCAGUGGCGGAAAUCUUGGUGGGGUGGGGGGUGUCCGCCCCCCCCCCCCACCUUCACGUAAAAUUGACGAAUUUUCGGAAAUUUUGACCUAAAAGAGGGCUAAAAACAGUCUUUUCGAGUGGAAAUGGGGGUAUGUCGGAAAUUUGAAAGUUCGGUGUCGGAAACUUAGGAGGCUUUGCCCCCCACCGGAAAAAGUGAAUUUCCGCCACUGAAUAUGGCUGGGAGGUUGUGUUUUCAUCAAUCACCGUUUGUAUGUGUGUGUGUGUCAGUGUGUUUGUGUGUUUGUGUCACCACGAUCCAAGGACACUGUUCAUGGACGAAUUGAUACAUUUUGGUUAAAUUUGGAUGAGAUUUUAACAAAGUUUGUUUUUCUUUGCCGCGCAGAGUAAACUGAGUUCGUAAUUUAUGCCUUAGGAGGGAGGGCGUAGGUGUUUCCGAGUCUUCUAGUUGUAUGAUCAGUAAUUGUAUCCUUGAGUUAGGAUUGCAACAAAUUCGUUUGUAUGAGAUGGAAAAUAGAAAACUAGAUAGACUAAUAUAGACGGAUAUUACUAGAUACACUAUAGAUCCAAGUAAUGGAAAUCAACUAGAAAUAAUGCAGAAAGGCAUUCUGACAAAUAUAUCUCGACACUAUCACUAUGUAUAUAUGUAUAGACAGCUAAGAUAAGUUAUAUGGACGCAAUAUGACAUCAGAAGUGCUUUUCUCAAAAUCCAAACUCAUUUUACAAUCUCUUAUACCAACCUCUUGUUUUACUUCUCAACUGAAAAUUCACUGAAAAGUCUAAUAAAAUUUUCUUAAUAGUUCUUAUUCGGAGUGGCAUUUGCGCUGUUACAUGACAUCAUUAUCAUUGCAGUAACAUACGACAAUGACAAGAAGACAGGUAAUCUCUGUCAUGUUGUAGAAUAACAUUUUAUCACCGGUAUAGCUGUGGUGAAUAUUAAAUAACACUCAUGGUUUUGCUAAAAAAUACUGUUAGCUAGCUUAUCGUUGAAUACCUUAUUUAUUUUAUAGGAUAUGUGUGCAAAGGGAAUAAAGAUCAUUUUAGAUUCAGUUUCGCGUAUCCUUUGCUUCUAACGUUACAGAUUUUACAAGUUUAAUACUGGGGGUGCAAGUAAGGAUUUCCUUUGGGGUGGAUAGGUUUUCGGAUCGUCGGAUUUCGCCGAAAAAAUUGUUCGGAUUUUGGAUUUACGGAUCUUAUUAAUACAGCGGAUUUAUCUAAUAUUUUGGCUCGGAUUGUGGAUUUUGCUUGCAAUUUAGUUCGGAUCCUGGAUUGUGACUUCAUAGUAGAGCUGUUAGUGGAUCCGAAUUUAGACAAGAGCAUUGUCGGCUCGGCGGAUUUUGCUUCAAAUUUAGGCGGAUCGGCGGAUUUGUAUACCCCUAUUCACCCCCUCUUCUUAAUUAAGAACUUCAGAUUUCAAACUCAAGAGGGAAGCAUUUUGAGUCAACCAAAAAAAAGAAGUUUCCUUAACGUCACAUCUUAGAAUGUCCAUUUUAAACUUGCUGUUGAAAGUGAGUAUAUUAUAAUAUAUGGAACUCUCACAAGUAACGUUUCCGUCUUUUUCAAGGACGUUGUUGUUAUACUUUACUCAAAUAUCAUCGUCUUUGUCAUUGUCAUUUUAGCCAAUCUCGCUAAUUCUAAUUGUUUCGAAUUAUCUCACUCGUGGUGACGGGGGACUGAAGGAGAAGGUUUCACAAUAUCGCGCGAAUAGAGGUAAUAUGGAUGAACCUUACUGGACCAAUGGGGGAAAAAUUUCAGUUUCAGUUGGAGGGACCAUCAAGAAAAAGGGACCCAACUAGUUGUUAACGGGAAAACUGGGAACUUGUAGGGGCGGGGGGUCUGGGGGUCCUCCCCCAGAAGAUUUUUGUAUGUUUAGGGCUUGAUUGUCUGCAUUUUUAGACACAAUUUGUUUAUAUAUAAUUCAUCCGCUAGACCUCGCGCGAGACAACAAUUUGAUCAUGGGAAUACUAAAACAAUUUUUUAACUAAGUUAUUCUUCCCUUUCUUGCUUAUCAGUAUUUUGGACUGAAGUGGACCUUCACGCGGGGGGAGGGGCAACAUAUUGUUCACUUUAGUGUUAAACACUGAGCCAGUUCCCUCAAAUUAAACAUUUCUUACAAAUCCUUCAAAACUUAGAAUGCGCACAAUUCCCACGGUGAUCACAGAAUCUUUGAUAGUGUACACCAGGCCUCCAAAUCUAGUCACCACAUUUCAUCUCAUUUAUUUAGGCACAGGAACUGAACCGCCAAAUCAAGCUCUUCCUCCUCAAGAACCACCACCAUACUAGAGAAGAUACAAGCUUGUUUUUGUGCAACAGAACUAUUCCAAUGUAUACUUAGCAUUCUCGAUGUUUAAUUUGCUGUUUUUUAACGAAGAUUUCAUGCUUGCCUCAGUCAAACUGUUGUAGGAUAGUGAUAUCUUUACUGGGUGUAAUAAAUUCAAUUGUAGCAAGUGUGUAUGAAUUCAAAUAUGGCAUAAAAUUGUCAAUAAAAAUUAUCAAAAACAUUGCUUCAAUUAAUUUAAAAAAAACAAAACAAAAAUAAUUAUUAAAAUACUUUUG